AAUGGAAGAAUAAUAAUAAUAAUAAUACUAAGGGACGCAAAACUACGACUCAAACUAAAGAAGUGCGAAUUUCAUGUGCAAGAGACUGAUUUCCUGGGACAUCGAAUCACCACAGAGGGAAUCCAAACCGACAAAAAUAAGGUCCAAGCAAUUCUGGAAUGGCCAAAACCGACAAAUGUGAAGGAGUUACAAUCAUUCAUUGGAUUGAUCAACAAUUAUCGACAAUACAUUGAGGGAUACGCCAAGGUCAUGAAACCCUUAUUUGAUUUACUAAGAAAGGACAAAUCCUACGAAUGGACAUCAGAACAACAGCAAGCAUUUGAAGAAGCAAAAAGGCGAAUCACUACAGCACCAAUUCUGGCACAGCAUGAUCCAGAGAAACCAACAACAAUUGAAAUAGAUGCAUCAGAUUAUGCAAUCGGGGCAUGA